UAUCUUUGCUCUGUCGUUCAUUUUCUCUUUGUUCACUCGCUGCAUAAAAAAGCUUCGCAGAUCUCUUCAUUUCUCUCUCUACAUAUCUUCAUUUCUCUCUCUACAAGACUCGAAAUCACUCAACAGCAGGUCCUACUUCAACCAUCUCAUGAAUGCGUUCAAUCUAAUUCAACUCCUCAAGGCCAACAAGCCCAUCCAUUUACAUAUUCUACCUUAAAGCAGAUGGCAAUGCAGUCAGCAAGCCCUGCUGCUGCUCUUCCCAGUGCCCAUGUUGUUGGAAAUGCCUUUGUAGAGCAGUAUUACCACAUUCUUCAUCAAUCUCCUGAUUUGGUUUAUAGAUUCUAUCACGAUUCGAGUGUACUGAGCCGACCAAAUUCCAAUGGAGUAAUGACUUCAGUGACAACCAUGCAAGCAAUCAAUGACAUGAUUCUAUCUUUGGACUACAAAAACUGUAAGGCAGAGAUAAAAACUGCAGAUGCUCAGGAGUCUUACGAGGGGGGGGUGAUCGUCUUAGUAACAGGAUGCUUAACUGGAAAGGACAAUAUAAAAAGAAAAUUUACACAAACAUUUUUUCUGGCACCACAAGAGAAAGGCUACUUUGUCCUUAAUGAUGUUUUUAGGUAUGUUGAGGAAAUUGAAUCAUUGGAGACCAGUGCCGUGUCAGUUAAUGGUAUCAAUGACAAUGCUCCAGCAGCUUCCUUGCCAUCAGGUCCAGAGCCCAUUCAAGCUCCCGAUCUUCCCGCAUCUGAUCCUGCAACUACCUUUGAGGCUGAGGAUCUAAACAUUGGGGAGGAAAUUUGUGACCCUUCAGAUAAUGAGGGGGGAUCAACUCUUGAAGAAGAGGUUGUUGAUGAACUCCCAACUCAAUCAAUUCAAAAUGAGAUUAUUGCAAGUGUCAGUUCAGAUCCCUCUGCAGCCCAAGAGGGAAAGAAAUCUUACGCAUCAAUUGUGAAGGUAGCGAAGGUUACCAAAGUGUCUACUCCAGUCUAUGUUCCUACCAACAGUGUGAGGAUGGUACAUGCCAGUGCUGAUCAGCAGUCACUGGGUUCUGCAAAAAAUUCUUGUGAACCAGAAGCAUCAGCUCCUAUCAGUGACAAUGCUCCUGGAAGUGAAAAUGCUUAUGAGGAAGUUGAAGGUCACUCCAUAUAUAUACGAAAUUUGCCUCCGAAUGCAAUGGUCACACAGCUUGAGGAAGAGUUCAAAAAAUUUGGGCCUAUAAAUCGUGGUGGCAUUCAAGUCAGAAGUAAUAAGCAAGGGUUUUGUUUUGGCUUCGUUGAAUUUGAGUCCUUGAUUUCUAUGGAGAAUGCAAUAAAGGCCUCACCUCUAACAAUCGGGGGUCGUCAAGCUGUUGUUGAGGAAAAGAGAACCACAACACGAGUUGUAAGCAGUGGGAGAGGGAGGUACACUUCAGGGAGAGGUGGAUUCCGGAGUGAUAGCUUCAGAGGCCGUGGGAACUUUGGCGGUGGCAGGGGCCAUAGCAGGAAUGAGUUCAGAAACUCAGGCGACUUUUCGGGCCGAUAUAAAGGUCCUAGUGGACGCAAUGUGGAGGAAUAUCAACGAGUUGAUCGAAGUGGAAGUGAGAAAUUUGGCCGUCAAGGUGGUGUAAAUAAGAGUGCUGUUCCAUCUUAAAGUUUAGCAAAUUAUCUUUUCAACAACUGAUUCUUUGACGGUAAUGAGGUAUAUUACCCCCUUUUUUCUUUUCUUUUUUUAAAUUUUAGGCUAGGCUUCUUCAUAUAAAUUUUAAACCCCCAUUUUCCUUAUUGGGAUCGUGGUUAGAGAUAACAUGAGCUGGUAAGUUGUUUUGGUGCAUUUAAGGAUUCUUGUAUACAUAAAUGGCAUGAGUUAUGGUUAGUCUCCUAUUCUUUCAUAA